AUGAUGGAUAAGGGAAAUGACGAAGCGGUGCCAAGAGUCACCGAACAAAUGAGAGAAGUGAUUGCUGAAGAGGUAGGAAAAGCAAUCGAGAACAGUUUGUCGGGUUUCAUCGAUAAAAUCCAAACCACGGUGUUAUCAGUGGUGGAUGAAAGGAUAAAGAAAUUGGAGGAUAAUGCAAGUUUAGCUAAGGAGAAAUUGGUAGAGCGUAAGGGUUGCUCGUACAAAGAAUUUAUGGCAUGCAAACCACCACUCUACAACGGAGAAGUGGAUCCGAUAGUGUGCCAAAGGUGGUUAAGUGAUAUAGAAGGGGUAUUUGAGAGAACCCACUGUGACGCGAAUGACUUCGUGGCGUAUGGCACGGGUCAACUGAGAGGUCAAGCAAAAGACUGGUGGGAUAAUAAGAAAAAGGAAAUCGGUAGCGAAGAAGCGAAGGCGAUGACAUGGGAUGAGUUUAAGGUACCCUUCCUUAAACAUCACAGUCCCAAGGCGGUUAUUAAUCGAAUCAAAGAGGAAUUUAUCCAGCUUAGGCAAAAGGGCGAAUCCAUUGAUAAAAUCACGGGAACCUUUCUUGACAAAUUAAGGUUUUGUGAUGAAUUGGUGACGACCGAAGAACAUAAGUUCAUGACUCCCUCAAAAUACGAAACCCUCACCGAAAUCAUCAACGCCGCUCGGGAAAGAGAGAUAGAGUUGAAGAAACAAAUUGAGAGGGGUGAAAGAAGGACGCAAGUGGUUAAUCCAAGUCCCACGAAAAAGGCACGCGUAAAUGACUCAUCAAAGAAGCAAGAAGGAAAAAGUAGUUCGCCAAGCUGUAAAGUGUGUGGGAAAGGGCACAAGGGUGAGUGCCGGUUUAAGGACAAGCCGUGUCCUAUAUGCGGGAAGACAGGGCACACGGCUGUAUUGUGCCCGGGGAAAGUUUCGGUAUGCUACAAAUGCUAUCAGCCGGGUCACAAGAAAUCCGAGUGUCCGGAAUUGUCCGGAAAGAAGGAAGACAAGGGUGCGCACACUGAAGUUAACGGCAGUGGAGGCGAAAACGGAGCCCGAUGUGGUCUCAGGUAUAUUUGCCAUAAAUUCAAUUCCUACUCAUGUGCUAUUUGA